AUGCCUGAAAUAACGUCCCGGUGGUGGCCAGACGAGAGAGUGGAUGCCACCGUCUCGCGCGACUACGUCCUAAAGACUCUUGAUCCUGCUUUGCACUCUCGCCUCGAUCGAUAUCCCUCCUUUGGCAAAAGCCUGACGGACGAUUCCUACAUCGACUGGAUUCUCGAAAGAGCGCGCAAGCUAUAUCUCGUUCUAUUAGAAAUCAACUUCCAGGACCGGAUAUUCCACCUCAUAGAUCAUGGCUACGAUGACGCUGACCUGCCCAUCACCAGAGAGAACACCGCUAAUCUUCGUCUAUCGUCUAUGGUCAAGGAUGUCUUCUUGGACUGGAGAUUCCCCGGCGUGCAGCGACAGUACUUGGUGCGAUCGAUCCCCGAGGGCGAGCAUACAAGGUUUCAUGAACAUGAUUUGAUACCCCUAAAGGAAUUACAUCGGCAGAAAAUUCCCAUCUCUUUCCCUGAUUCUUUCCAGGUCGACAGGGUUGUCCAUGCUGGCUCAAAAUGUCGGGAAGUGCUGCGCUUAAAAUUUACUCUCGAUGAGGUUCAUUUCUGCCAGGACGAACAGGAAAUUCUUCGCGAAGUUAGGGCCUUGCGGCCAUUCGCUCAUGAACACAUAAUGUCUGUCUUUGGCUCCUAUUCGGUGGGAGAUACUCUUAAUGUGCUGCUGUCUGGUUCACCGGAAUGCACGCUUAAAUCGUUCUUGAAAGACCGGCCAAGCUCAUUCAAACACUUAUCGAAGGACGACCAGCUUUCAGUUUUGCUAAAUUGGCCCCAUUGUUUGGCCAGUGGACUUGCAUGGCUCCAUGAUCAUGGCCAGUGCCACGGUGCCAUUCGCCCAUCCAAUGUCUUCAUUGAUUCGGAGAGUCGCAUUUUCUUGGGGUUCUUCGAUUCGUUCAACCCAUUGAUCCCUCAAAAACAGCCAAAUAACAUGGAAACCUACCAGUACGCGGCUCCAGAGCAGAAAUCAAAUGUCUUACCUGUUACGCCAACUCUCUAUCCUCAGAGCUGUCCUCCAUCCCGACCAGGAACUGCUAAGAGGGAUGAUCGACCCCCAAAUGCUAUGCAGAACAACGCCCCUGGCUGGUCACCGGCGGGGUUUUUCUCCCGGUCUCCAGCAUCAAAGCGUCACUCUAAAAUUUCCUUGACGAGAUCCACAUCCUCCUCAUCAAAUGCGUCUAGUUCCCAUAACUCCAUAGCACGGAGGAAUAUUCCGAGUUUUACUUCGCAGUCGACAAUGUCGACCUCGUCGUCGAAUCAUUUUCAUCCAGCAACUCCAAAACUGGCGACAAUAGGUACAUUGAAUAGCCCAAACAAUCUAAACUUAAGCAAUUACGGCAAUGACGGCAGUGGGAGGAACAGCAGCGAACGAAGACCCGGGACCUUACCUUUAGGGCACCACGUUCCGGCGUCAGAUGUCUUUUGCCUUGCAGCUAUUUCUUUGGAUAUCCUUACCUGCGUCUGCAAAAAGAAACAAUCCGCUUUCGUCAACCAUCGGGGAGCAAAAAAUCGUACACCUGGCUAUGGAGGCAAUAUCCCAGAUGCUUCCUUUCAUCUUGCGAGGAACACCGAGCAAAUUUUCUCAUGGAUGGAUAUCCUCGAACGUGAAGCAUCGAAGCAGAAGGGUUCAUAUUAUCGUGCCGUGUCUCCCUUGCUAGCGGUAGUGAAAGAUAUGCUCGCACGAAACCCUGAGGUCCGCCCAUCUUCAGGACAAGUAGCAGCCAGGUUCGCCCGGGCGAUAUGCAGUGUUGCCAGCGAUUUCGAGCCACAUUGUCGUUUUCAUCCCGAAGCAGCAAUGAACCAUCGCGACAGCGGUGAGAGCAACGACAACUCCAGCUUAGAAAAUAAGCAUAGCUCUUAUUCUUCAUUCUCCUCGGGGCCAAAUUCGUUUCCGCUUACCCCAGACACAGUGGCGGAAGUGCCUAGCGAGCCAAGGCGACAACCGCUCUUGCAGCUAGAUCCAGUCAGUCGAUCGCCUUCGUCAUGUUAUAGCUUUCGGGGAGAGGAGAACGAGCAUUCCAGCCACCCGGCCCCGCAUGACCAUGCCCAGCAACCAAGGCAGAAGCACAACCCAGUUAAGCCCGUGGCGCUUGAUCUUGAUAUCAUCGACGAUGAGGAGAUAGGCCUAGGCAUUGACAUCGACGCUGGAUUUGCGGACCUUGAGCCGCACCUACGGUCCAACCCACCACCAGGACUCCACCCGUCAAACCCAACAACGGUGCCGUUUCCCCCCUGGCAUUCUCCGUCGAAUCCCUGUGGUCAAACCCUGCCUACCAACCCCAAUGCCAAGCCACUAAAUCACUGUGUUGCUGGAGACCACCUGACUCCCGCCCCGCUCUCAUUCCAACCAAUUCGCUCCGCUCCGCACCCAGAAUUCCUCCCACCGCGAAUUCUAGAUUCUGAUUUCUCACCCGCACCAGUGAUUCCUGGCUAUAUCCCAUCGCGGUCUCGCACACCCAACGAGGGCGGAAGGACUAAACUCCAGAAGUUCCCACGCUCUCCCGUGACGCCGUGGAAAGUGAGGGAGGCGGACCAGAUACCGCAGAUGCAGGUGCCCGUGGAUCCUCCGGAAUUUAAUUUGGAUAGCGUAAAUAGGAGAGGCUAUCCGAAUUUCUCGAGACAUAGAACGUCUGUCAUGGGUCGCUGA